AAUGUCUGGGUUUGGACAUGCUGGCUUUAUGAUGUCGCGAUAACUUCCUACUCUGAACGCAGAAAUGUAGGAUAAUAAUUCUCAGAGCAUCACAAAGUGCAAGCACAACAAUCGGAAUCUCUCUUGAACUGAGUGUCGCGCACUCCCGUGUGCGUGCCUGUGAAGGGGUGCCAUGAAGGUAAAGGUGAUCUCCAUCCUGGAAGACAACUACAUGUACCUGGUGAUAGAAGAGCAGAGUAAACAGGCCAUAGCUGUGGAUCCUGCUGUACCACACCGGUUGCUAGAAAUAGUGAAGAGAGAGGGCUUGUCUCUGACAGCUGUUCUUACCACACACCAUCACUGGGACCAUGCUCGGGGUAAUGAGGCUCUGCUGAAGGAGGUGCCCGGGUUGAGGGUGUACGGUGGAGAUGAUCGGAUCGGAGGUCUGACCGAUAAAGUCACCGACGCUCAGGAACUCAAGUUUAACUCCAUCAAUGUGAGGUGCCUGUUUACUCCCUGCCAUACCUCUGGUCACAUGUGCUACUUUGUUUGGGAGGAUGAGUGCACUGACGCCCCUGCUGUGUUCACAGGGGAUACGCUUUUUAUCGGUGGAUGCGGGAGGUUUCUUGAGGGUACGGCAGAACAGAUGUACCACAAUCUCACCCAGGUGCUGGGCUCCCUACCUCAAGACACGAAGGUGUUCUGUGGACACGAGUACACCAUUAAGAACCUGAAGUUUGCCAUGCUGGUGGAACCGGAGAAUGAGAAAGUUAAGGAGAUGCUGAGCUGGGCCAGGGCAAGAGAUGAUGAUGACAAACCCACAGUGCCAUCUACCCUAAUGGAGGAGUUUGAAUACAACCCUUUUCUUCGCCUCUCGGAAGAAGGAGUGCAAAAGUUCACAGGGAAGACUGACCCCAUAGAGGUGCUGAGGGUCCUGCGAAAGGAGAAGGACAAAUUUAAAAAGCCCAAGGAGAGGCUUCCUCCCCAUGCCAUGUUGGCUUUGGAGUGGGGGCUUCUCAGACCCUGAGAUCCAGUUUUCAGGGCUCUGAACAUGUGAUAUACUCACCUAUCAAGGAGAAAUAUUCUGAACGACUGAAUGCAGGAAGACACAAGACUGUAGACUGUGGUGUUGUUGCUUUUACCUUGAAUUUAAGCAAUUUAUACUGCUGGGUGCCAGGGUGGCCCUCAAGGGGCAUGUGUGUAGUUUAAGUUAUAAAACCGUGUGUGCACAAAAAGGCCAGUGUAAAGCUGCUUCCAUUAAAUAUUCCUACAAACUAAAUUAACUUGAAGGCUGGUCUCUCAGUCUCUUAUGCACAAACUGUAAUAUCUGCUAAUACAAGUUUUCAUUGGAAAACGGAUUAAAUUUUAAUGUGUUUUAUGUAUUUAUUGUUUUAAAUAACCUUUUAGCUUGUUUGUAAAAAUCAGCUUAGUUUUAAUGUUUCAUAUUUUUAUUUCCUUGCUGGUUACCUUGCCACUGCUUUCUCAAUUAGCAAUCAACUAAUUUCAGUAUGCACAUACUGUUUAUAUUUUCCAGCUGCUCUUUUGCUUACUUUUGCAGUUAAAGAGUAAAGGGUGACUAAAAUGUGUGUCUCAUUGAAAGGUAGAAGAUUAACUUACUAUCAAAUACAUUAAAUUCAAUUCAGUAUUUAGGACAGGUAUCUGAUAUGUUGUAAACAGCACCACAAAGGUAGAGAAAGAUGUAGUGUACAUCACUAUGAAUGUAAAUUGCUGCUUUUCAACCCAGAGUUUACAUCCUCACUUUGUGAGAGCUUGUAACUGUACAUCAGAGUCAAGAUUAUUCAAUAAAGCGUAUCAGUCUGAAUCUAUUUUCUGUUGGACAUAGUCUUAACAUUUUAAAAAAAUUACAAAACAAAUGGCUACAA